AUGGCGUUGCAAUGGGUGCUGAAGAAGGUGGCGAUUGUGAUGAAGAAGGACCAGGGUAGACGCGGUCUUCUGGCAACUCUACUCUGUGUCGUGUGUGUCAUCCUCUCCUUCCAUGCUUCUUCAGCAGCGCACUCGCUGGCCCUGCUGCUCUCCGCCUGGAUUUCGGUGUUCGCCCUCUGCACGCUGCUCUCCGCGCUGUAUUCAAUGACGAUCGACAGCAAG